UUGGGAAAAAGUUCAUAACCAAAUUAGCCCAGAUUGCUUAUGCUGAAGAUAUGGCGCGUAUCGAUUUAUCUAUUUUGGAUUGGAAUCAGUUAUCCAUCGAUUUUCACCAGUCACUUGGAGCUGUUAACUUGUCAAAUAAAGAGGGUUGGAAUUAUUUUCGAUUCAAUAAGAACAGUAUUCAACAAUUAGCUAAUAAAACCAAGGAAUCAAAACAUAAAACUCAUCAGAUCCGAGAAGCUGUUAAAGAUGAUUGUCAUCAAAUUAUUGAAUUAAUCAAAAUGUUUGCUCGUUAUUUAAGCAUGGAGGAUGCGGUGAAAAUUGAUACUGAGACUUUUAUUCGGGAUGGUUUUACUGAAAACAAACCUCCAAGUUUUAAAUGCUUAGUAUCUCAUGAUGCCAAUAACAAAUUAUCUGGUUAUUUAAUCUACUAUUACACUUACUCAACAUACGAAGGCCGAUGUAUUCACAUGGAAGACAUCUUUGUUGAUCCGCAAUUCAGAAAAAUGGGAAUUGGGACAAAGUUGAUAACAAAAUUAGCUCAGAUUGCUUAUGCUGAAAAUACAUGUAUUGCCCGUAUUGAUUUUCUUAUUCUGGAUUGGAAUCAAUUAUCCAUGGAUUUUCAUCAGUCACUUGGAGCUUUUAACUUGUCAGAGAAACAAAAACGGACAGCUUUCCGAUUCGAUAAAAACAGUAUUCAACAAUUAGCAACGAAUUGCCAAAACAUUUUGAAAGAUUAGCUGAGUAGUUAGUAAAAGUCCGGAACAGUUCCAAAACUGUUUUACCGGACCAAAACUGUUUUUCUGGGCCAGGCCACUCUAGGCCAAAGCCCGGGUCUGAACCAAAAAAAAAUUGUCGACUCUGAGCCAAAAAUUGAGCAUGCGCAAGCAUGGAGUCAAGCUAUAUAACAACCUCUUUAUUUUCAAAUCCACACUAAAAAUGGAUUGGUUAACAUAUAAGAAUGUAGUUGGGUUCAUAAUGAUCCUAAUCAUUAUCUUUGUUUUAUUAGUUCGAACUUUUUAUCAUCCUACAAAUAAUCAUGUCGUCAAAC